AUGAAAUUUAUACUGAUCUUUAUCAUUUUUAUAACUACAUUUAUUUCAUUUACAGACACUCAAAUAAAAAAAUUAAGUCUGUUAAGAAGAAAUACUUUGAAUGAAAAUUUACCAAAACAAAAAUGUUUAUAUGAUGAUUCAAAAAGAAUACUCUAUCUUAUUAUUAAUAAUGAUAUUUUUUUUCAAUUUAAAGGUUAUGUAUUCAAAAAUUAUAAUGAUGUUACGAAAUAUUAUAACUUAAUUAAUCUUAAAUCAAGAUUUCAAAUAAAAUUGAAACCAACAGGAGGUGUAAAACCUUCAGAAAUAAAACUGUACUCUAAAAGAAAACAUAUUUCUGAAAAAGAUUUUUAUAAAUUUAUUGAAAAAAAUCCAUUAACUAAUAAAAUUUGGAAAACCAUCUGGUUUGCAUGUAAUUAUGUUUGUUUUUGCAGAGAUAAUUUUAAACAUUUAAAAAAAGGAAUUAUAAAAGAAAUUAAUGCGUACAGAAAAAUUCAUAAUUCCGUGCCACUAAUCGAAAGCGUUAAACUUAAUGAGUUGGCAAAUAUAUUUAUAGUUAAAAAAUCUUUGAUGCAUUUUUCGUAUAAAAAUGAUAUAUUACAUACUAAUGUAUUAUAUGAAACUGUUCAGAAGCAUAAAGCUAAUUAUAUUAUAAAAAAUUUAUUUGAUGAAUUUAUGGGUUUUUAUAAUUAUAAAAAUAAUUAUUUUACAGAUACAUUUGUUUUGCAAACACAAAUGCUUUGGAAAAAAACUACUUUAAUUGGUCUUGGUGUUUAUGAAAGUAAUAAUCAAUUACAUUUAGCUUUUGUUUUCUAUCCUAAAGGAAAUAUUAAUAGAAAGUACAAAAAAAAUAUUAAUUUUUUUAAUUAA